GUGACGGGCGGCAACGACGCGGCGGAGAAUCGCGUCGCGAAAGGAGCGUCUUUUGAUAUCGCGCGGACAAGCCGAUCGACGCGUGUUGGCAAACUCGGCGACUGUCGUUAAUUCGCGCGCGCGACGGUGAUGAGGAGCGACGGAGAGAGUUAACGAGCGAGGGUGGAACCUCGCUUAAACGAGACCGUCGUCGUCGUCGUCGUCGUCAUCGUCGUCAUCAUCACCACCACCACCACUGUCGCGUCGCGUCGUGUUGUUCCCUCCACUCGAACCGUCCCACCGGAUUGCGACGACGCGACCUCGACAUCGUCGUCGCGUGAGCGUCGCGCGUUGUUGUUCUCGUCGUCACACCACGUCGGUCUCGUUCGGGGGUGAAACGACACACGCCGCAACAAAGCAAAUGGAAGACAAACACGCGACGCGAGCGCUCGUAUAUACGUUUUUCUUACGCUCGGCGGCUUGGAAAUAUCCGGCUGACGACAGUGAUUCUCAAACCCGGGAGUGGCGGCAAUGAUUCUCGCACACAGAGUGUAGAGAAACUGUGUGAGAAAAACUGAAGUAAAAUGGCUCGAUUAAGAGGAACAUAAAAUUCUGCCGUCACACCUUGAUGCGCUGUCCAAAUCGAAGGCCUAAGAUCAUCGUCUUUGUACACCGAAAAAACUUACCGAACGAUGCCCGGACCAUCGGCUCAAGAGAGACCUCGCGCUCAUCGGCUCACCGAUCUCGAAUCUCAGACAAUGAAGGGCUUGAGCGGCAAUCGGACAGAUGAUUUCAGCACACCUGUCAGUUCUGGCAGCAACAUGAGCAGCAUCGCGCGUUUUCCAAAAUUAGACGAAUGCGCCCAUUUUCAUUACGAACACGUUGAGCUUGGUAAUCUGGAGGUGUCGGUCAACGAAGGUUCCAACGACUCGGAGAGUUACGUCGUUCGAAUAACAUCGGGAGACGCGUGCUGGACACUACAGAGAUCCUACGACAACUUCGUAAUGUUUGACAAGCAAUUGCAUCGUUGCAUAUUCGACAGAAAAUUUUCCUCGUUAACGAAGCUUCCAGACGUUCGGCCAAAAAAUGCCUGUGAUAUAUUAAAAGAUUACCUGAGCCGAUUCUCGCAAUUGAAUCACGAAGGCCUAAAUUGCGGUCCAGUAUUAAAUUGGUUGCAACUUGAUAAUAGAGGGAGGAGAAUUUUGGUGCCCGAAUCGGAUUCCUGUCCUAUAAACACCCCAGCUGUCGCGGCGGCGUACGCGGUGAGGCCUUACACAGCUCAAGCGCAGGACGAAAUUUCCUUUCAGGUAGGCGACAUGAUAUCCGUUAUUGACAUGCCCCCACCGGGAGAAAGUACAUGGUGGCGUGGAAAGCACGGAUUCGCAGUUGGAUUCUUUCCGGCUGAAUGCGUUGCGGUGAUAGGAGAUAAAGUGCCGCGUCACUUGACAGUUUCGACGACAGUCAGAUCGAGAUUACCAGUAAAACCCGUGCUUCGAAAGCACGGCAAGUUAAUCGCCUUUUUUAGAUCCUUCAUAUUAAAUCGGCCUUCCAGAAGAAGAUUGAAGCAAUCGGGCAUAUUGAAAGAGCGCGUUUUCGGCUGCGACCUGGGGGAACAUCUGUUAAAUUCUGGUCAAGACGUACCUACGGUUCUGACGUGCUGCGCGGAAUUCAUAGAGAAACAUGGUCUAGUCGAUGGUAUAUAUCGCCUCAGCGGUGUAACGUCCAACAUUCAAAAACUGCGAAACGCAUUUGACGAGGAUCGGGUUCCAGCGUUGCAUUCCGAUGAGAGUAUUUUACAGGAUAUUCAUUCUGUAGCGUCGUUGUUGAAGAUGUACUUUAGAGAAUUGCCGAAUCCAUUGUGCACUUACCAACUGUAUUCUACGUUCGUAAACGCGGUUCAAGCUGGCAGCGACGCCGAGAGAUUGAGACGUAUGAGAGACGCGGUUAGGAAAUUACCGCCGCCUCAUUACAGGACACUGGAAUAUCUGAUGCGUCAUUUGGUGAGAGUAGCCGCGCGUGGUACGGAAACAGGCAUGACUCCGCGCAACGUGGCCAUUGUUUGGGCGCCGAAUCUUCUGAGAUGCAAGGAGUUGGAGGUGGGCGGAGUAGCAGCGCUUCAGGGCGUCGGCGUCCAAGCAGUUGUGACGGAAUUUCUAGUCUGCUACGCGGAACUCAUAUUCGGCGACGGCCCCGUCGGUAGACCAAAGUCUCUCGCGAUUACCACAUCGGCGCGAUUGCUUACUUUAGAGGAGGCGCGCAACAGAAGCAUCAGAGGUGAACCGGAUUACAUAGAAGUAGGAGCGGGUCCGGCCGGUUUGCCGCUGCGUUACCAUACGGUCAUAGAACUGCCGCGCAAAAGAAACGGCUCGAAACGAUCGCCCUCGCUGAAUUGGCGCGCGUUAUUCGGCAGAGCGGCCGUGGGAAAACCGAGACAGAUUGGUACGCCACCUCAGGCAGAAACGGUACCGAGUUCCUUAAAUUCCUUGCGAAGACUGAGACCAGUCAAGAGUGCUGACAGUUUGGACGGCGAGGAUAGUUUAGGUCCUCUUCUGGGUGGACCACCUCCGACCAGAACCUGCGGUCACAGUCGAUCUGUUUCUCACGACUCGUACUUCGAUCACCUGGCCGAUGCGCCCAACGCGUCCUCACCGUUGGAUCUCUCGGAAAUACAGCUCAAUUUCGAUUUGGAAGAACGAGAAAUGAGAAUGCUCUCGGAAGAGGAAGGUAACGGCGGAACGGCGUCCGUGGAGGCGUCACCGCGUCGACAGAGAGCUGAAGGGAAUCAAUGCACCGUCGUCACUGGUGGAUCCAAGAGAAAACGAUCCCGUUUAGAGGAAAGACUGCAGUGCGACGUCGAGUUGCGUUUCAUAGAUAGCCAAAGUCCCGAUCAGGUUAUGACGAGCGCGGAUAUUCACAGUAUCGACACACCGUCUCCGUUACCGACGCCGGGCUACCUACCGCUUUUAUCGGAGGCUUCCACACCGCUCACACCCGCCACGCUGCAAGGCACAUCUCACUCCGCAUCGCCGAUACCAGCUAACAGUCCGAGAAUAAGUUUCCGAAGUUUCACUCUGCCAUUGGAGAUCGGCGACGAACACGAAGAAAAUAACGCGAACAAGUUGAAAGAAACCAGCGCGUUGUCCUCGGAUAAGUCUUCAGAGCCUGGUUAUAGAUUGUCUGCAAAUCUAGAAAACCGAGAUAGGGGGCUGGAGUCGCGUGAGAAGACCAGAACUUGCGAUCACGCGAAAUUAUGCGACAAAAGCGCAACUUCGUCGCUUACAGACAUUGAAAAUCAAUCCGUGAUUCGAUCGAGCGCGGUAGCUUCGGUUUUCAACGACACGGAGUUAACGUUUUCCAACAGAUUGUCCUUACCGUGCGAGGGAAUCGAAUCCGACGGGAUUGCUGCGUCUCGCAAGGACGAAACGGACGGACGACUGAGCUCUUUCUCCGUGGAAAUCUCGUCUAAGUCGUACGACGAGAAGGAAGACGCGAGCGACGCGACGAAAGGAUGCGACAAAUCCACAGAUUCGUCGAAUAACCUUACCGCUGUGGCCGAUUUGUUGAGAUUGCCGUCGUCGUCCAAUAUGACCGAUCUCGACUCGCCGAUGUCGUGCGAACAGACGCUGCAGGAAUUACAGGAGUCUGGAUUUGUAAUUUGUGAUAACUCCGACAAAGUGUUCAACAAUACGGAAAAUCAGCGCGCAACCGGCACCACCAACGAUUCCGAGGAUUGGGUGAUCAUCGGAAAACCUGCGACCUGUCUUGUCUCAACGUCGAUCAGCGAAUCGAUCAGUUCGAACGAUCCCUUUUUGGAAGGAGGUGCAAAUCCAACAGCGCUGGAAAAUGUUUCGGGGACCUCGUUAGAGAUUACGUUAACUUCAACCGCGGAUGCGUUUUGUGUCGAAGUUAGCGACUCGACGAGAGGUUGCGUGCCGACGCAGGAAAGCGAAGAUAUGAUACUCGAGCAUGACAGUCUCACAGAAAAGACGAGUCACGAAGAAGAGGAGGGGAGCGAUUCGCGUGCGAGCUUUGAUCUCAUAAACGAACGUAAUCUCAUGGACGAAUCGCGGCUACGCGAUCAGGAGAACGGCAAUCAAUAUACUUGCGCGACGGCUGAUGUUAAUUCGAGUCAGGAAUCCAACACGAGGGAGCAGCAGGUUCAUGCGUGUUACAUCGAGGCGGACAACGCGAACGUAUUCGGUACGAAUCAGAACGAGGUCUGCGAACAAAAGGAGGUGUUCAGGGAAACGGAGACGCUUGAGAAUUAUCAGCGUUUGCCGAGAGGUACCACGAGCGUGCAGCAUCGAGGUUUGUCGCGUUCCUUGCACGUCAUAAACCCAUCGAGAUUCUCAGAUAAAUUCGAAGGAGAUCAGGAAACGAACGUUCCCGUUACGUCGCGGGACGAUCACGACAACGACCGUUGCUCGAACGGAUUGUCGAAAAAGUGCCAAAAUUUCGGGUACAAUAAUUCGCAGAAACAGCAAGCGAACACGCAACAGUUGUACAAAUGCGCUUCCAAACGUACCGACGAUGGUCACAAGUGCGGCAACUUGCAGGGCAAUCAAUUAGGCGACAUCGACGUGAGAAUUCCAUCGGAGAACGCGGCCGAGCCCUGCGAGGUAGCCCACGCUCCUGAAGGUACGUCCGAAUUGAUGGAACGUACGUUGGAUUCGUCGGAUACAUUUUCGAACGUCUCGUCUCCGACUAUCGAUAACAACGCGGUUGUGCUGCGAGAUACCGCAGCCAUUCUGCAGGAGUUGGCUCUGCAGAGAUUAUCGGGAGGCGCGGUGGGGGAAGUUUCCACGAGGAGGAAGUACGAGACCGAAACGAUCAGAGAUCGCAGAAGCUUCGAUUCGGAGAUCGGCAGAGAAAUUGUUAGGGAGAGAAAAAUGAAGCAGGAAUUGGACUGUGCGAGAGGUAAGUCUGAAGAGGUGUCGCAACACUUGCCGCCGUGUUUGCGAGCGCGUCACGCUAGGGCGACCCGGGCGGUACUGAGUCGAUCCCUGGACGAGGCCAAGUUCAAUCGGAUAACGGGAGAGAUCCCGUUGUCGGUGAAACAAAUCUCGGAGGACGCGCAGCACUGCUCAACGCCCAAUGUCGGCAGCGGGUCCAGCACUUGCACGAGCGGUUCCAGCGAAAAGAUCCAGCUGAAAAAUCUCGGCGGUCUGGAUCUGGGAGAUCCGCAGUGUCGGGAGAGAAUCGAAAAGUACAAAGAGGAGAGAAGGACGUUCUUGAGGGACAAAUAUCGAUCGGAAAGCUUUCGCGGAGUCUCGUCGAAAACGGAAGACGACGGCGAGCAGGCGUUACUGACCAGAUUAAAACAGAGAGCUUCGCGACCGUCUCUUCAUUGAUAAAGUUUUUUGAUCUCUUCAAAGGUUUGCUCUCUGCAGUAGUAUAAAUAAGUUCUGUAAUAGAGAGUUGUAUUAAUGGCGCAAAAAAAAAAAAAAAACAAACAAACAAACAAACGCGAUUAUUCAGUAUUCAAUCUGCAUUUUAGAGCAAAGUGUAAAAUUGUAGAACACAGUUACUUGAAUUGAUUGAUCUCCCUCUCGCGUGUCCUAUCUCGCAGUUUUGCAUCUUUUCGGUUUCUGAAAACACUGAAUUAUUAUAUACAACAGGGCAACUAAUAAUUAGAAUGGAACAUCGAACAAACAGGUAUCUAAAAAAAAAAAAAAAAAAAAAAAA